AUGUCCCCCCGGCUCGACUGGAAAUUCGGCCAGGCCAACGACUACACCAGACCAUAUCAUGCAUCCUUCCAGGUUAAGGCUGGACGGCACGAAACUAUCCGAAUCUCUAGCACGGCCUCUCGUGGGGAGCUGCAGGUUCCGUACACCGUUAUCUUGCGAUCGAAAUCGAACGUCGAGGUCGAGACAAAGGGCACAUGGUACGGACUAGUGACGUGGAAUCCGCACCAUACGCUUUCGGUUGUUGAGUAG